GCCCACUUCCAGAGGACGAUGCUGGAGUGAAAACUUUGAGCUAGAAAACGCUCGCUCUUUAUAUCAUAAUUAGGUCAUUAGUGCAAUAACAACUGAGACAACACGGAAUAAUAUUUUUAUUAUGUUGUGAAACCAGUGCCAUCUACAGCACUUGUAACACUGAGUGUCGGGGCCUGAGGGGUGACGGCAUGGCGGAGGGUGAUGAAUGCGCGGGCGGGGAGUGGAAAGAGAAGUACAUGGCCCUCGAGGCCCUGCUCUUCAAGUUCCGUGGGCAGAUGAGUGUGAUCCGAGAGCUCACGGCAGAAAAGAUGCAGCAGUUGGAGAAGCAGGUGUUGGAAGCAGAGCGUCGGGCGUUUGAAGCCAACCAGCAGGUGCAAUGGAUGGAAGAGCGUCUAAAGGCUUCAGAUAUCCAGUCAAGUGAUUCAGAGCUGCAGCUUUUCAGGCGCUGUCAAAAUCUUCAAGCGGUACUGAAGGAGAAAGAUGAGCUUAUUGCUGCCCUAGACAAGCAGCUGGAGGAACAGAAACAGAACCGAAUCCAAGAUGCCAAGACCGUGGAAGAAAAAGCAGCUAAGAUCAAAGAAUGGGUCAUGCGAAAGCUGAAUGAAUUUGAUAUAGAGAAUGCCUCUCUGAGAGAGAUCAACCAACAACAGGAGGCUGAGAUACAAGACCUGAGAAGACAACUGCCAGUCAUGGAGCAGACUUUGGGUUCUGGUGGCCCAGUCCAGCCCAGCGUGGGUGAGGCCCGGCGGCUCAGCAGCCUGACUUUUGGCUGUUUCCAAAACAGAGGGAAGAUCCCACAGGUACUGACGGGCCCAGAACCGUCCCAGAAGAGCAUCGGCACCCUGCCGGAUCGUGACCACACGCACAUGGAUUGUAGGAGACCCUCUACUGAUUCUGGAAUAAAACAAAAUUGCCCAGAAACAGAGUGUGUUGGCCGUUGCUCUAAGGGGGGAUCUGAGGACGAGGGUGAGCAGGACAGUCCCGGACACAUGCUUUCUUGCGGUGUCUCCUCUGUCCUGUCCAGCGCUGCCUCCUCUAUCCUGUCCAGCGCUGCCUCUGAAGGGGAGAGGAGUCUGUUUGGAGGUUUGCAUUUCAGUCGACCCACAAGUGAGACAUACCACACCGCCUCUGAUGACAGCAGCUCAUUGUUUGAUGAUGACAUGCAGCGUGUGGAGUGCUCCAGACUUUGCCUUCCUGGAACCAAGAGUGCUUUAAAGAAAGACAGCGAGAAGACUGAAGAUGGAUCCUCAGAUGAGUUAAAUAAGCGCUUCCAGUCACAAUGUCUGGAUUCUUCGUCGUCCUCCAGUGACACAAACACCUCCAGCCCAGUUCUAACUCCAGCUCUCACACCAAAGCGGCCCACCCCAUCUCAGGACACCCAAGACACCCCAGCUUCCCCCAAACAGCCCCGAUUGCGCAAUCCAAAUGCAUUUAAUGUUAGUUUGGCAUUGGCCAAGAAGCAUAUGAGUCAGCCUCCAUUGUACAGUGAAGCCGCUCACGGGCGGACACGAAAUGCUAUCAGUAUGCUACGUCCUCUGCGGCCUCAAGAAACAGACAUGGACCAAGAUCAAAAGAUGGAGACCUGUGAAAGAGAACAUACUGAUGUGCCUUCAGCUGAAGUGCCACCUGAGGAACCCGAAACACCCGACGCCUCUGCAGCUGUCCCCGGGAGUAAACCCCCAACCCCUCCACUGCACAGGCUGCCCUCUUGGGAGAGCAGAAUAUAUGCUGUGGCAAAAUCAGGAAUUCGUCUGUCAGAGACGUCAUGUACAGAUUUAGCUAAUAAAGACUCCUCACACACAUCCUCAUGCCCUGCCUACAUGCUCUACACAUCCCUCAUCUACAGGAACACAAAUACACCCAUCUUCACCACAAUCAAAGGGAAGGCGACUUUGUUAAUCAACAGUCAGUUCUCUGACGAGUCGUCUAGUUCUGAGGAGGAGGACAGUUCAGAGGAGUGUCAGUCUAACUCUGGAGAGGAGGACAACUUGCAGACCUCUGGAUCAGAGUCACACAAGAGCAGCAGCCAAGGAAGCCCUCGCUCUCUUAAGAGAGCUGUGUCAUUGUCUUCUAUGACAUCUGAGAGCGACUACGCCAUACCCCCUGAUGCUUACUCCACUGAUACGGAGUGCUCUGAACCUGAAAACAAACUACCAAAGACCUGCUCCUCCAGCAGUGACAACGGCAAGAGUGAGUCUAUGGAGAAGUCUGGAUACCUUCUCAAGAUGGUAAAGACGUGGAAGAAAACAUGGAAGAGGCACUGGUUUGUUCUGAAGGACGGGGAGCUUCUCUACUACAAAUCACCAAGUGACGUAAUCCAUAAGCCCCAAGGCCAGAUUGAGCUGAAUGCGUGUAGCACUAUAGCACGUGGUGAUGGGAAACAGAUUCUUCAGGUGGUGACAGGUAAAAGUGUGUGUAAUCUGAAGGCAGAUUCUCCAAACCUCCUGGAGGAGUGGUUGAGGGUUCUGCAGAGUGUCCUGAGGAUCAAAGCUGCUAGUCCGCUCUUCACUCACCCAGAUGUACGGCCCAUUAUGAAAGGACACCUGGCGAAGGUGAAACAUGGCUACUCUAAGCAUGUGUGGUGUGCGCUUUUCGGAAAGACUCUCUACUACUUCAGAAGUCAAGAGGACAAGUUUCCCCUAGGUCAGAUCAAACUGUGGGAAGCUCGUGUGGAGGAAGUGAAUAAGUCAUGUGACCUAGCUGAAGUCUCUGCUCAAUAUACCCUCUCCAUUCAGUCAAUGAGCCAGGGCCCAACAUACCUGCUCAUCGACUCACCUCAUGAGAAGAUGGCCUGGUUUUACCAUCUGUCUGUGGCAGCGGGCACUGCAGUGGGGCAGGUGGGAACUGAGUUUGAGCAGCUGGUUGGUAAACUGCUUAACGUGCAGGGAGACCCAGGGUCUUCGCUCUGGAGACACCAAAUGCUGUGUUUCACGAAGGAAGGACUGUCUUCUCCACUCACCACCCUGCCUUCACAGGCUCUACAAACUGAAGCCAUCAAGCUCUUUAAGACAUGUCAGCUCUUCAUUAACGUGGAAAUUGACACUCCAGCCAUAGAUUAUCAUGUGUCUCUUGCUCAGUGUGCUCUACAAGUGUGUCUCACCCACCCAGAGCUGCAAAAUGAGAUCUACUGCCAGCUUAUCAAACAAACACAGAAGAGACAACCACACGGACCGCCUAAAACCCUGCAGGGAUGGCAGUUCCUGGCUCUGUGUGUCGGUCUUUUCCUGCCCACACAUCCCAUUCUUUGGUAUUUGCAGGUUCAUCUCAAAAGGCAUGGAGAUUCAAGGACAGAGGUGGGAAAGUACGCCAUUUAUUGCCAACGUUCCCUGGAGCGGACGCAGCAGAAAGGAGAUCGGCAAGCCCGAUCGUCACGUAUGGAGAUCUUGUCAAUCUUACUCAGGAACCCUUAUCACCACUCUUUGCCCUUCAGCGUGCCUGUACACUUCCUUAACAACACCUACCAGGUUGUUGGUUUUGAUGCUUCAACCACAGUGGAGGAAUUUCAGAGUCGGUUGAACCAGGACACGGGCAUGAGGAAAACUGGUCAGUCUGGUUUCAGCCUUUACUCUGACGACCCCACUGGCAAAGACCUUGAGCACUGUCUUCAGGGAAACCUGAAGAUCUGUGACAUUAUUGCAAAAUGGGAGCAGGCCUCGAAGGAGCAGCACACAGGCAAAUCAGAGAAUGCCAGGACGGUGAAACUCACUUAUAAGAACAGGUUGUACUUUUCCCAGCAGAUGAGAGGAGAGACCGAGAGGGAGCGGUUGCUUCUGGCAUACCAAACAAAUGAGGAAAUUACAGCGGGUCACUUCCCUGUCAACAAAGAGCUUGCUUUAGAGAUGGCCGCCCUGCUUGCUCAGGUGGAAUUUGGGGACUUUGAGCGCCCAUUUUCUAGUCCAGGUGGUUCAGGAGCUGCACAGACUAAGUCUAACCAGACCCUCAAACAGGUUCUAGAGCGUUUCUACCCAAAGCAUUACAGACACACCUGCACUGAGGAACAAAUGAGGCAGUUGCUGCAGAAACUCUCUACCCGAUGGGCAUCCCUGAGGGGUCGCAGUUCAUCAGAGUGCAUACGAAUCUACCUGACAGUGGCUCGGAAGUGGUCAUUUUUCGGAGCCAAGCUAUUCGAAGCUGAGCCUGUGACUUCAUCUCCACAGAAGAAUGUGCAUGUUUGGCUGGCAGUACAUGAAGAUGGAGUCAGCAUAUUGGAGUUUAACUCUAUAAAAGUCCUUGCAUCUUACCCUCAUAAAAGCAUUGUGACAUUUGGAUCAUGUGGUCAGGACUUUAUGCUGGUAGUAGCUCUGAGUUCUGGCACCAACACAUCCAAAGAUAAGUCUACAGAGAAGCAUUUAUUUGCUAUGACCCCAUCUAAGGUUCGAGACCUGACGCUGCUCAUAGCCAACUACAUUAACUGCACACAGCAACAAAAAGCAGCAGUGCACCACCUGUCAGCCCCAGCCCUGCUUCUGGCCCUGUCUGGAGAGAUGAAGAACAAGGAAUCAAGGAGCAAGUCUCCUCCAGCUGCCUGCAGACCCAGCAAAGCACCCACCCUCCUUUAAUAUAUCACUGGUGGAUCAUGUCAUAUGUCUCAGUCCACUCCUUUCAUUAGUAAGUUGUAAGCUAGUGCCAAAACCAUCUUUACAAUGUACUGAUUUACAUCAAAGGAAAUAUGGAAAUUAAAUAAGAGACAUAUCUCUUUUAAUCAUCUAAUAUUUAAUUAAUCUGUUAGAGAGAUGAGGGUGACAUGGUUCACAGUAGUCCUCAACAUAAAAAUGGGUGAGAUCUCAUGAACAUGUCCAAGUCAUGUUCCACUCCAAAAUAAUAAAAAAUAAAUAGUAAUUUGCAUGUGAAAGUUAAGCCUUUUUUGUAUUGUAACAUUAUUUUUAUGACAUUUUGCCCCAGAUUUUCAUUAACAUUUUUUCCUGAUAUUGAGAUUUUUAUAUAUAUAUAUAUAUAUAUAUAUAUAUAUAUAUAUAUAUAUAUAUAUAAGCUAUUUAAAACAAGAUAAUUUAAACUGUUUUCGUACAAUGUUGUUUUUUUAAUCCAAUCCGAUCUUGAAUCAGUAAUGCAACUUUGCGUGGAAAUGUGCAUAAUUUUCAUGAAAAAAAAAUGUCAAAGAAGCAAACAAGCUUUUUACCUCCUUGUACAAAAUUUUAAAAUGACUUUGGGAUGAAAUAUAGCCAGAACUGUUCUUUGACAAGUUUCAUGAGAUUCACCUAAGUGGACUUUUGUCAUGCCAACAUGGUAUUCUAAUACUUCUACAUCUGUAUAUGAAAUUCAGUGUGAAAAGACCAUUUUCUACUUUUCAGGCUCUAGCAACAAUCUCAUUUCAAAGGAAUAUAUAAACCCAGAACACUAACUAAAACAUUUCCUUACACGCAAAUGUAUAUGUAGGCUAUACAUUGUUCAGAGAUAUGUUGGCUUGCUGGAGUUUACUCAAACGAAACUGGAAGUAAAUUUUGAUUGCAGAAUGAGUAAUACUACAGUUAUGUAUCCUGCCACUCUGAAUCUCACCUUAUUUUUGCAUGUUUAAGCUUACACCGAGAGAAUGUAAGGAUUACGAUACAACAGGAAGUGUACAGAAGACGUGUGGUUUCUGGUGAAGGAAGCCAGCAUGAAGUCAUAGGAUGACUGCGGUAUUUUAGAGAGUAUGUACCGGUUUACUUAACAAGGGGCUUGAGAUUCAUAAAGAGAUUCAAUGCAGGAAAUACAAACUAGAAGGUUCAACAAGACCCAUACCUAAAAAUACCACAAAGCCAAAGAAAAUUAUAUAUAGCCGAAUAAAUAUAAAUAAAUAUAAGCCAAAGCAUUUCAUCAUUGAACAAGGGACACUUUGAUAGAUAAUGUCAUGGUAAAUUGUAUUUAUUUAUUUCUAAAGUGUAUUUUCUAUAAAUAUUAUCUAUUAUGCUAUUUUAAAUAAAUGUCCUUACUCAAAAACUAAAAUUGGAUCUGUUUUUAAAAUAGAAAUUCAUCAUAAGUUAUAUUAAUACACUACCAUUCAAAAGUUUGGGGGUCAGUAUCUUAUGAAAGAAGUCUCUGCUCUGCCACAUUUUUUGAUCAAAGUAAACAGUAAUAAUGUGUAAUAUUACAAUUUAAAAUGAAUAUUUGAUUUAUUUUAUGAAAUAUAUUUUAAAAAGUAAUUUAUCCCUGUGAUGGCAAACUGAAUUUUCAGCAUCAUUACUCCAGUCUUCAGUGUCACAUGAUCCUUCAGAAAUCAUUCUAAUAUGCUGAUUUGGUGCUUAAGAAACAUUUCUUAUUAUUUUCAAUGCUAAAACAGUUGUGCUUCUUUUUUUGUUGAAACCAUUACACAUUUUUUCAGGAUUCUUUAAUGAAUAGAAAGUUUAAAAGAAAAGCUUUUAUUUGUGACAUAUCUUUACUGUCACUUUUGAUCAAUUUAAUGUGUUCUUUCUGUAUAAAAGUAUUAAAUUCUUUAAAAAACAAAAUCUUACCGACCCUAAACAUGAAUGGUAGCAUUCCUACUGUAUAUAAUGCAUAUACUGCUCAGGAAUACAAGUCAGCUACAGUUAAGUAAUCUAAAAUGUUUUUUGUACAGGACAUGAAUGAUUGUUUGGCUUCUCUUCAUCAGUAUUCUGGUUAUAAAAACUUGCUUUGUAUAAUUCCAAA